AUGGUAGCAUCAUCUGCAGGAAACACUUAUAAAAAACCCUCAUUUCAUCAAAACAAGUUGUUAAAACCUAAAGGUCCACCAAAGCAACCCCAGCUUCAUUACUGUGACAUUUGCAAGAUCAGCUGUGCUGGCCCUCAGACUUACAGAGAGCAUUUGGAUGGUCAAAAGCACAAAAAAAAAGAGGCUGCUUUAAAGUCAGUGGGACAAACAGGAACUGGAACUGGGCCUAGAGGAGUCCAGACUCAACUGCGCUGUGAGUUAUGUGAUGUCUCAUGUACUGGAGUGGACGCUUAUGCAGCGCAUAUUCGUGGAGCUAAACAUCAAAAGGUGGUUAAACUUCACACCAAGCUGGGAAAACCUAUACCAUCCUCAGAACCUGUACUUGUCAACUCAAAUCCAACUGUUACAACAGUAGCAGGAAAGCACUCAGUUUCCAGCUCCUCCUCUGUCUCCACCACCUCUACUACAAUAGGAGCUCCUAAGCAGACAACCCUGAGUACUGUAAAGGCCCUCAUAUUGAUAAAGAAACCAGCUCUAUCAAAAGCCGUGGUUUGCAAUAAGCCCUUGCUUAGCUCUCCAGCACCCCCAGAAGUGGCUGUAGCUGCUAAAACGGAUGAGCCAAUGCAGCACUCUGUUCAGAGUGACGAUGAGGACAGUGACAAAGGUGGGGGUCAAGGAGACAUCCAGCCAGUCGGGCACAAUUAUGUUGAAGAGGUGCUUAAUGAUGAUGGCAAAGUAAUCAGAUUCCAUUGUAAAUUGUGUGAAUGUAGCUUUAAUGAUCCAAAUGCUAAAGACAUGCAUCUCAAGGGAAGAAGGCACAGGUUGCAGUACAAGAAAAAGGUAAAUCCUGAGCUCCCAGUCGAGAUUAAACCUAGUAACCGGGCCAGAAAGCUUCAGGAGAACAAACUAAAAAAGCAAAAGCAAAAGGCUGUGUUGAAGAGGCAGAGAGAUGAUGAGCAGCGCUGGCACAUGGAAAUGAGGCGAUAUGAAGAGGACAUGUACUGGAGGCGUAUGGAGGAAGAGCAGAUGUACUGGGGAGAUCAGCGAUGCAGAAUGCCUCCACCGCCGCUGAUGAGCCGGCCGGGUAUGCCUGUGCCGCCACUACUGGCAGGUGUCCGCCGGCCGGACUCCCCUGAUGACCGCCACAUCAUGGCUAAACACUCCACCAUUUAUCCAGUGGAGGAAGAGCUUCAGGCUGUUCAGAAGAUCGUGUCCCACUCUGAGAGAGCUCUCAAGCUGGUGUCAGACUCUCUGCUGGAGAAGAACCCUCCUGCAGUCACUGCACCUGAUACUGAGGAAGGGGAUGAUAAAGGUACUGACAACUUGCGCCUACUAAAAGGAGUAAUGAGAGUUGGCAUCCUUGCCAAGGGCCUGCUGCUACAAGGAGACCGUAAUGUGGAGCUUAUAUUAUUGACUGCAAAGAAGCCUACAAUCUCCUUACUGAAAAACAUCGCUAAAGAGCUGCCAAAGGAGUUAGCGACAUUUUCUGAAGAUCAGUAUGAGGUGCAAGCUCACCCAGAGGAGGCCAACAUCGUCAUUUUUUCAAGCAAGGAGCCCAAAAUGCAGGUGACCAUUUGUCUUACCUCGCCGCUGAUGAGAGAGGACCCUGCUGCUGAGAAGGACAAGCAGGCAGCAGGAAAUGCGGCUGAGAAAGGCGUGGAUGAAAAGGACCCACCUGAUCUGUUGAACAAGAACAAGUGUUUGGAUUACUUGGCAUCUCUUCGUCAUGCAAAAUGGUUUCAGGCUCGGGCCAACGGGCUGCAGUCCUGUGUCAUUAUUAUUCGAGUCUUGAGAGAUUUAUGCCAGCGUGUGCCAACUUGGGGAAAGAUGCCUGACUGGGCCAUAGAGCUGUUGGUUGAAAAGGUCAUCAGCAGUGCAGCAGGACCACUCAGCCCCGGAGAGGCCAUGCGCAGAGUCCUAGAGUCCAUCUCUACCGGGAUCCUGCUCCCAGAGGGACCAGGCAUUCUGGAUCCUUGUGAGAAAGCCCAAACUGAUGCUUUAAAAAGUGUGAUGCCUCAAGCCAGAGAGGAUGUAACUGCAAGUGCACAGCAUGCCUUGCGAUUACUUGCUUUCCGUCAGAUGCACAAAGUUUUGGGGAUGGAGUCUCUUCCAGCUUCAAAGGCCAGUGCUCGUAACCGUAAACGCAGACGGGAUGCGAGUGACGCUGGCGAAAGAGAGGCAACGCUUACACACUCCUUAUUACUAAACUCAACGAUUUCUGCAAACGCCUGGAUGCAUUUAUCACUGGAUACUAUGAGCAUGGUGGGCGACAGCUGCCUUUCACCAACAAACUUCCACGAUUUGGGGAAGAGCGUUGGCAGUUUGGGUACAGGGCAUGUCCAUAGCAUCGACGUCAUCCUGGGCUUCAGUAAAGAGCACGAGGACCUACUCAGUCCUUCUGUGGGGUCAGGACCUCAGCGUGUGGAGAUGGACACUCUGGUGGAGUCCGGAAAACAGCAGGAGUCUCACCCCACAUUCAGCGGUCACCUGUCCACUCUGAGGAGCAGCAGCACUGAACAGCAAUACAGUGAAUCCAGUUUGUUCACAAACAAGUGUGAUGAAGAACUAAAUGAACUUAGGAAAAGUGUUGAGAGUGAUGAAAGCAAAUCACCAGAGUCCUGUAAAGAUGAUCACCCUAAAAAGAAGCAUAGGCGAAACCGCACUACGUUCACAACCUACCAGCUUCAUGAGCUGGAGCGCGCCUUUGAGAAGUCCCACUAUCCAGACGUGUACAGCCGAGAAGAGCUGGCCAUGAAAGUCAAUCUCCCCGAAGUGCGUGUUCAGGUGUGGUUCCAAAAUCGCAGGGCUAAAUGGCGCAGACAAGAGAAAAUGGACGCCACCACCAUGAAGCUUCAUGAUGCUCAUAUGCUGUCGUUGAACCGUCCCACACCUAUGCAUACCAGCAUGAGCACUAUCACAAACUCUCUCCCCCUGGACCCAUGGAUGACUUCUCCUCUAUCCAGUGCAACUCCUGUUCACAGCAUACCUGGAUUUAUGGGCCCGCCUCAGAACCUCCAGCCCAACUACAGCAGCCACAGCUUUAUCAACUCCAGCCCACACCACGCUCACUCACACCUGCACCCAUCUAUGGCCCAAGGGAUGCAGAACAUGGCACCGCCCCCUUAUCAAUGCCCUGCACAAUACUCAGACAAAUACCCUCUGGAGGAUGUAGAUCAGCGCAGCUCUAGUAUUGCUGUUCUAAGAAUGAAAGCAAAGGAGCACAUUCAGUCCAUGGACAAAACCUGGCAUCCCAUGUGA